CUGAGGGCAGGUGCAGGUGAAGGCCGCGCAUCGUCGCUGUUCGAAGGGCGUCGGUCGCGUGUUUUUUGUUUCCGACGGGUGACCCAUUUGCCGACCACCAUCGAGCGGCUCAGGCUCUAGUCAACAUGGCGGAGCCAUCAGUGAAGGUGGGCCAGCGUGUGCAGGUCAAGGAAAGCGUCGGCACGGUCGCCUACGUAGGCACCACGCAGUUCGCUGCGGGAAAGUGGAUCGGCGUCGUCCUUGACGAGCCUAAGGGCAAGAACAAUGGAACUGUGCAGGGCAAGACCUACUUCCAGUGCGGGGAGAACUGCGGCGUGUUCGUGCGGCAGACUCAGCUGACCGUGCUGGACGGGGGCAGCUCGACGCCCGGCUCUAAGGCCUCCACACCCGCCGCAGAGAAGCCCAAGAGCCGCCCCGGCAGGAGGGAGACCCCGUCUGGCAGACUGCCGACCCCCGGCUCCGCCCGCUCCUCGGGCCACUCCUCUCCACGCGAGCCCACCAAGAUCAGCCCCAAGGGCCGCAACAUGCCCACCAAGAAGGCCUCGUCGACGCUGGAGAUUUCGCCGAAGAAGGAGCGCACCGCCGCCGGCGGCUCGACGCAGGAUCUCAGCGGCAACAAGCGCGCCUCGUUCGUGGAGACCAACUUUGUGGAGAGCCCGUCGCCGGCGACGCCGGGCCAGGUGGGGCCGCAGGUCACGCCAGCCAGCGCCGACCAGCAGCGCGAGAUCGAGAACCUGCGUGACGAGGUCAAGGACCUCAACGAGCGGCUGGAGACACUCAAAGCCAAGCGGGCCCAGGACCGCGACAAACUGAAGGAGUUUGACAAGGCCCGCAUUCAGCUGGAGCAUCUGCAGGAGUUCAAGGCCCGCAUGCUGGAGCAGCAGGCCCAGCUGCAGAAGGAGCUUCAGAAGGCGCGACAGGAGCGGCAGGAGGCGCUGGAGGAGCACCAGCGCGUCCAGGAGGAGACGGCAGACGCGCAGGAGACGCUGGAGAUGGCUGCUCUCGACAAGGAGAUGGCCGAUGAGAAGGCGGAGACGCUGCAGCUGGAGCUGGACCAGGCCAACGAGCGGAUCGAGGAGCUGCGGCUGGACCUGCAGAUCCUGCAGGAGGAGGUGCAGCAGCGUGGCGAGAGCGGCGAGGCCACCGCCACCUCCUUCCAAGUCAAGCAGCUCGGCCAGCAGAACGACCGGCUGAAGGAGACGCUGAUCCGCAUGCGCGACGUGGCCGCGCACGACAAGCACGAGCUGCAGCGCUCGCAGAAGGAGAUGGAGAAGCUGCGCGCCGACCUGACGGAACUGGGCCGCGAGCGGGACCGGUUCCGCGGCCGCGCCGCCGAGCUCGAGGCCAGCAUCGCCGACCUGCAGGAGCAGGUGGACGCGGCGCUGGGUGCCGAGGAGAUGGUCGAGCAGCUGUCGCAGCGGAACCUGGCCCAGGAGGACCGCAUCCAGGAGCUGGCCGAGGAGCUCUCCACCAUGGAGGCCCUCCACGACGCCAACGAGGAGAUCGCCGAGAACUUCCGCGAGGUGGAGCUGGAGCUGAAGCAGGAGCUCGACAUGAAGACCGGCCAGCUGCGCCAGGUGGAGCGGAGCCUGGAGGCGGCGCACGAGGUGAUUGCCGACCACGCCAGCACCAUCGGCAAGUUCCGCGAGCUGGUCCAGCGGCUGCAGGACCAGAACGGCGAGCUGCGCGCCCAGCUGGAGCGCGAGACCAACAAGCCGGUCGGCGUGCCGGCAGAGAAGAUCGACUUCAAGAAAAUGUUCGCGGAGACAAAGGCGCAUGCCAAGGCGAUUGAGAUGGACCUGCGGAAGAUCGAGGUGCAGCAGUCGAACCGUCACGUGGAGCUGCUGGCCAACUUUCUCCCCGACAGCUUCCUCGCCAGGGGAGGUGACCACGACGCCGUGCUGGUGCUGCUGUUGGUGCCGCGUCUCUCGGUGAAGGCCGAGAUCCUGCUGGCCCAGCUGCGUGACAAGUACCCGCCGCCGGCCACCGUCGACAAGGCGGCCGUGCUGAAGACGCACGCCGUCGAGCAGUACUGCUUCGGCGCCCGGCUGGUGCACCUCCUGCUGGCCCUGCAGGUGGGCGCUCACCGCACUCCGGCCGCGAUGGCCGGAGCGGCGGGGGAGGGUUGA